CGUCAAGGAGUUUCGCUCUCGCUCUCGCCGCCCUCGGUCUCUGCAGCGACGCACGCACACAACACGAUGUGGUCUCCGCUGCUUUUCCUCGCCGGCCGGGUCAUGCCUCCUGGCCCUGUCGACGCCGGCGAUCGUUAGCAGCGCUGACCCCCAGACCGUGACCAAGAACAUCGUGAAGAAUUCCUUGGCCGAGCAUGCAACCGCACUCGAAACAAACCACGGAAAUCUUCAAAACGCCUCCUUGAGUAAAAACUUGUACGACCUGACAGUGGAACUCCGAGCCCUAAACCAGCUUUUCAGGAACUACAUUACGUCGCUGUCGUGUCCGGCGCCCUUCCACAUGCUGGGCUCCGAGUGCUUCGCUUUCCUGCUGGACGACUUGCCGUGGGAGGCAGCCCGGACCAAGUGCCUGCAGAUGGGGGCCGACCUCGCCGAGCCCAGUGACCUGACGCAGCUCCGUCUCUACGUCGGAAACCGAUUCCCCCGCAAGAGCGCUCGCAACUUCUGGAUCGGAGGCCACAGUCAGGACAAAAUCUGGAGCUGGCUUUCGGGAGAAUCCAUCGGCGACAGGUUCUGGCACACGAACGAACCCUCGGGCAACGGGGAGUGCCUGGGUAUGUUUGACGGCUGGGAGAACCCUCUGACGGACUUCCCUUGUGAGAAUGAGAGGAGGGCUAUCUGCGAGAGGCCCCUGGUGAAGUAAGAGGAGGAAGAAAGGAAGGGAAGACGGAAGGAAGGAAGGAAGGAAAGGAAGGAGUGAAGUAGUUCUUCGGACGGAAAGGAAGGAGUCGAGGCGGUUUCGAAACGUGAGUGAAGCGGUUUCGAGACAAAGGAAGUGAAGCGGUUUCGACUUCAGGAAGUAGGCCGUAGGAUCAUGUAGGUAGAACAUGCUGUGGAAACAUAUGUUGUUCUGUUGGUGCCUAUGACUCCAUGAUGUAUUCUGUUACAUUAAUAAAUACUUGUAAAAUGAAA